ACUUCAUUCGCAGACUUCCAAUCCAACACAGAAACUAUAAUGGCUAGUACGAGUGCAUCCUCUCAACAUCGAUGGACAUAUGAUGUUUUUGUAAGUUUUAGAGGUGAGGAUAUCCGUAAAAGCUUCAUGGAUCAUCUAUUCAAAGAUUUCAAACAAAAGGGAAUUAAUGCUUUCAGAGAUGAUGACGAAAAGCUGAGAGGAGAAGAGCUGCCUCCUGAACUGUACAAAGCCAUUGAAGAAUCAUGGUUUUUGAUAGUUGUCUUCUCCAAAAAAUUUGCAUCUUCGUCAUGGUGUUUGAGGGAACUCACAAAAAUCCUCGAGUGCAAGCGAGCAGGGGAGCCCAAACAUGAGGUCCGAAUUCUAUUUUAUGAUGUAAAGCCUGAUGUAGUGAGGAAACAAACUGGGAGCUAUGCGGAAGCCUUCAUCAAACAUGAAAGUUCAAAUACAACCGAACAGGUUGCCAUAUGGAAGGAAGCUUUACGCGAGGCUACCGACAUUAUUGGUUGUGAUCUCCAAGACUUUGCCAAUGGGUAUGAGUCCAAGCUCAUUGAUUAUAUCUCCAAAGAAAUCCUUGAUAGGACAUGUAAAAUUAAAUCCUUGGAUGUUGGUGACAAGCUCGUAGGGGUGGAUGACCAGAUCGAGGAAAUGGACUUGUCACGCUUCACUGGACCGGGUAAGGUGCACAUGCUUGGAAUAUGUGGUAUUAGCGGUGUAGGGAAGACAACUCUUGCCAAAGCUAUUUAUGACAAGAUGUGUAUGGACUUUACGGGAUGCUGUUUUUUUGAAAAUGUCCAACGAGUAGCAAAACAUAAAAGCAUAACAGAAGUCCAAAUGCAAAUUAUUAAUAGCAUCUUGAAAACAAGAGUUGAAACGUUAACGAAUGUGAGUGAUGGAAUCAAGUUAAUAAAGGAGAGGAUGGCAUCUAAGCCGAUCUUGCUUGUUCUGGAUGAUGUGGAUGAUCGGGAGCAGUUAAAAGCAUUAGCCGGUUCCCAUGAUUGGUUUUGCCCCGGAAGUUUUAUUAUUUUCACCGGUAAAGACAAACAGUUGCUAAGGUCUCAUGAAGUAGAUAACAUUCAUGACAUGUCAUUUUUACCAAUUCAUAAAGCCAGGGAGCUUUUUCAUUUGUAUGCUUUUCGCCAUAAGCAUCCUACAGGGGAUUUCAUGGUGCUCUCUGAUCACGUUCUGAAGUGUUUGCAAGGGCACCCAUUGGCUCUUAUAGUUUUGGGUAGUCAUUUGUAUGGCAAGUCUAUGGAUGUGUGGCAAAGCGAAGUGGGUAUACUCCAAAAAUAUCCUGAUGCAGAGAUACAACAAAAGCUUAGACCAAGUUUUGAUGCGCUAGACUUCGAUAAGAAAAACAUAUUUCUUGAUAUCGCCUGCUCGUUCAUUGGGGAAGAUAAAGAUUUUACGGYGAGUGUACUAGGAAGCAGUGCACAUGCUAAUAUCGAGGUUCUACUAGAUAAGUCACUUAUUACGAUAUCUCAAGAUAAUAAUUCACUUCAAAUGCAUGACUUGAUUCAAAGCAUGGCAAGGAGAAUUAUACAUGAGGAAUUUGUGGUAAAGGAAGUGUGGAGCAGACUGUGGAAUUUAUCAGAGUUUCGUAAUGUMUUGAGCAAAAAUAAGGCAAUAGAAGGAGUGGAAGUUCUUGACCUUUCUYYAAAGGAAUCUAGUCGAAACGUUCACAUACACGGUGAAGCGUUUGAAGAUAUGAAAAAUCUGCGGAUCCUAAAAAUUUCUUAUGGGGAACUCGAAAACUUUUGGGAGGACUCUAAGGUGAAAUACUCUGGAAGGUUGAAAGCUUUAUCGAAUAAGCUAACGUUGCUUUAUUGGAGUGGAUGCCCUUUCGAGUUCCCUUUGGAUUUUUAUCCAGAAAACAUUGUGGUCAUUGACUUGUCUUAUAGSUACUUAAAAACUCUUUGGACGAGGCCUAAGUGUUUUGCAAGGUUGAAAGUGAUGAACCUAAGGGGUUGUCGUAACCUAACAAGUACCCCUGAUUUCACAAGUAUUACAAAUCUCGAAGAGUUAAUUCUUGAAGGUUGUAUUAACUUGGUCAAAGUCCACCCAGCUUUUGGAAUGCUCAAGAAGCUUGUUGUUCUAAAUAUGAGAUAUUGCAAACGUUUUAAGAGAUUCCCCUGCAAAGUCGAAAUGGAUUCUCUUGAAGUUUUGAAUCUCUCGGGUUGCUCAAAACUGGAUAAACUUCCUGAAUUAUUUGGCACAAUCCAGACUUUGAAAGAGUUUUAUAUUGAUGGUACCGCCAUAACGGAACUUCCUUCUUUUGUAUUCUCUCAAAACAACCUUCAARUAUUGGGAUUUGGUCGACAUGGGAAGAGGAUCCGGUCUAGAUGGUGGGGUUCAAUUUUUCAACCUUCAUGGUUUCCAAGUAAGAUGCAACAUCCCCAAAGUCUGGUAAUGCCUUCAUUGGCNUUUUGCAAGGUUGAAAGUUGUAUUAACUUGGUGAAAGUCCACCCAUCUUUUGGAAUGCUUAAGAAGCUUGUUGUUCUAAAUAUGAGAUAUUGCAAGCGUUUUAGGAGAUUCCCCUGCAAAGUCGAAAUGGAUUCUCUUGAAGUUGUGAAUCUCUCGGGUUGCUCAAAACUGGACAAACUUCCCGAAUCCUUCAGCACAAUCCAGACAGAAGCGGUCUAG